CAGCACGUGGUUGUGACGAGGAAUAAAGGGAAGUCAAAAGUCAGUCCGCUUUGCCUCUGUGUUGGAACGAUGAAACUUCGAAUCCUCCUAACCGUAAUCCUCCAAGUGGCCGUAAUUGAAUCCCUCAGAGAGGUCUCUGGUUACCUUGGGGAUACUGUCACCUUGUCCUCAGGUGCCGACCCAUCAUGGACUCUUUCCUCAAUAGAGUGGUCAAUAUUCCCAAACAACACCUGGAUUGCCACCUACCGCAAUGGGAACAAAAACAUUGAACGGGUUGAUCGGUAUAAAGGUCGACUCAGUCUCAACACAUCCUCAGGUGACUUGAUGAUCCAUAAUUUGAACAAAGAGGAUGCCAUGGAAUACACUGUAGACCUCAUCAAUACUCAGAGACAGAACAAGGGAACCAAAACUAAGCUCAUAGUGAUACAACGCCUCGUCAAACCGAUCAUAGAGACUGUCACCUGUGCAUCUGUAAAAGGAGGCUCUUGGUUGUGGCUGCGUUGUUCCUCAAAGGAUACAGGAGUUAACUUGUCCUGGCAGCAUACAUUCCCCAGUGUUACGCUGUUCAACAUGACAAGUCCUGAUGGCAACUCUGCAGAUCUUUUAGGAUUUCUGAACACCACACAGAACCGUGUCUCAUUCACCUGCACCUCCAGCAGGAAUAUGGAGGAUGAGUCAAGUGUCGUCACUCCAAAGUGUGGUGAUGACAAGCCUCUGUCUCCGUCUCUGUCUCCGUCUCCAUCUCCGUCUCUGCCUCCACCCAGAGAAAGAAAUUUUCUUGUUUUUUUUGCGGGAUUCCUCGUGGGAGCUUUACUUGUAGUAAUUAUAUUCUUUUUUAAAGAACAAAUCAAAGCUGCAUGGGGACACCUUCAAGGAAAACUGUUUCCAUCAAAAUAAUAUCAUAAUAGCUUGACUUUCUGCUUUGACUGUCCCGUGUUUUGUAGUAAUAAGUGGUAACAUAAUGUUUCCUACAAAGCCAGAAUGACUUCACCACAAAAAAACAUAAACAAUGUCUGACAGCAUAUGUGGAGCUUUAGGAUUGCAUAAUGUUUUUUUAUUUAGAAAGUAAAAGCAGGAAAACUCAAAUGAAACAUUUGAAUGUAUUAUCAAUCUGGACACAAUA